AUGCGGCAAGCAUCAACGUCAUUCUUCAGGUCAUCGCCAGAAUACCAACACAUUAACGACCCUCACUCUGAAUCUCACCCCAACAUCGCGCCGACACCCGCCGACACACCUACUAUCCACCAAACCUCAUACCUCUCACCCCGAUCAGACUUUGAUUCUCCCCGACCUGGCAUCCACCCCCUUGAACCCCUGAGUCCAGACUUGCGUGGAUCAUAUGCCUCGGGUGGAAGAGACAAUAGUCGUGUGAACCUACUCAGCUCAGAACCAGCACAUGGACUUGGCCUCUAUCAACCUCCUCCACCACCACCCAAAGACCCAUUAUGGCUCCGCAUCGCAAAGAAUAAAUGGUGCAUGGUCGUCUGUCUUAUCUUCGGCGCAGCUGCAGCCAUUGGUCAUCAUAUUCUUUACUCUCAUCUUCACAACCGAGAAGCUACGAAUCAGCAAUGGUGGUUACGUCUUGGUCAAUUCCUAGCUUUUGUUGCAAAAGCAAGUUUCGUUGUUGCCGUCUUGACAGCGCAUCAGCAAGUUGCCUGGCGAGCCGUCAGUCGGAAAAGCUACACUGUUCAUGCCAUUGACUCACUGUUCGGUGCAGCGCAUAAUGCUUUUGAGUUAUUCAACAGGGAGGCGUGGAAGAAGUCGGCAUUCGCUAUGGUGUUAGCGAUAUAUAUCUGGUUGUCACCUGCUGUUGUCAUUUUUACUUCUGCGACGCUGAACACGGUGACGGACACACGAGGAGAUCACACAUUCUGCCAGGACGUCCGAACUUUGAACUUUAGCAAUGAUGCGAAGAAGAGCUGGGAUGAUGACAAGCGGGCAAGGAAUGAGACGAUGCGAGGGAUCUCAAUCUCUAUGUUCAACGAGGUAAUGAGAGACAGAGAAUCCCCUUACCACUUCGAUUACUGGCUCAAGGCUGCUCCGCCUCUGGACUCGAUUGCUUCCAGGGUUUUGGCUGGAGGACAGCCGGUCCAGCGAGACGAAGUGGCUGAUGAGAUUUGUGGAAAAGGAUGGGAUUGUUCCACGACCAUUUCCUUUGUCGGGCCAGCAUACAAGUGCGAGCAACUCGCCAAAGGAGCCAACUCGACGAUGAAGAGCUUCAAGAACUACACUACGCCUUUCAACCUCACUGAAUUGAUACCAUACGGGAAUGCAAGCUUUUACACCGUCGCGAGCAUUGGAGAAUACAAGGUUGAUCAGAUCGAAGUCGAUGAGAACAACAAACCAGUACCAAAGCCACCAUUUCCCAAGAAUCUAGGCGCCUUCAGAUCGGAGCCGGUACUAUGGAUGGGGUAUGUUGAAGUGGAUAGCAUCGACGAACAGCAUGCCAAGAACCGCAGUAUGAAGAAUUGGUCCUCAGAUUACACGCCUAUCAUAACAGCUUGUGAACAUUGGGAGACGAAUUAUACUGUCAACUUGAACUAUACAGGUGGUCGGCAAUCCUACAAGGUCACAUACCGAGAUUAUCUACGGAAGGUUAUCAACACAACAUACAUCAACGACUCAUCUGAAGAUGGAACUCUGGAUCCACAGUACGCCGAGCCAGAAGAGAACUACGUCUUCCCAAUCAAUUGGCAAUACUACCGUAAGAUAGCAGCAUAUCACUCUCUGGGCAAGAAGAUUCGCGAUCUACUCCAAGGUUCAAUCUUACUACCGGGUCCCAUCGCCCAUUCAUCCAUCACAACCUCAAAGCUGGUCGCUCGACCCGAAACAUUGCCUGUCCCCGACUUCGAAGACGCAGUACAGAAGCUCUACGAGGAUCUGCUCAUCUCUCUCCUCUCGGACCCACUACUUCUAGCAGUGGCAUGGGCAGCUGACCCUAAGGAACUCUCGGGUAGAGGACCAGGUGGACCAGAAACACAAUAUCCCUGUGUUCGUAUGAAGACAGGGAGUUACUUCUAUUACAAUCGGAGUGUUCUUAUUACAGUAUACGUAGCCUCGUUCCUCAUUGGGGUUGUUGGAGUUGCGUACGGUCUUGUGGCUAUGGCGCGGGAUGGUGUGGAUGAGUUAAGAGAGAUUACUUUCUCAUCGAUUGCGAAGACGACCAAGGGGAUCGACUUGGAUCGGGAAGGAGAUACGAGGAGGAGAAUUCGGGCAGUGGAGGAGAGGCCGGGCAGUGGAAUAUUUGAGUUUCGGGUUGAGGAUUAUAGAAGAGGAUAA